UUCGGUGCCUAGGGUUUCAGAUUGCACAUUCCCACUAGGGUUUUACUGAUUUUUCUUAGACUUUUAGUUAGGCGGCUAGGUUUUUUAUUAUUUUUAAUAUAAACUUUCCAUAUUAGUUGAUUAUUAUUGUAUAUAGAGUUGUGAACGUUGAUAAUCAAUUUGGUUCCUGAUUUUCUUUGAUAGGAUUCGAUUUUACCCCCAAAAGAUUCACCAGGUGUUCUUGGACGAUCAUAUAAAUAUUCAGGUUCGGUGGUUCUUCAUUGCCAUUACAUACAUACAUCUGGUUUUCGACUAAAUACAUAUCUAGAUAUUCUUGAUCAUUAUUAUUAUUUUUUUUUCCGAUCAAGUACAUAUUCCAAUUCAUUGGUUCUAUAUUGCCAUUAUAGUUUUCUUGAAUUAAAUUGUGAUCUCAGUGUUUUGAUGUUCUCUGCCCAAAAUUCAAUCUUUAUCAGAACUCAGUAUAGAAUUGAAAAUUUCAAAUUCCAAUUCCUAUAAUAGUCUAUCAUGAGUUUUUCUGAUGCUCCACAACCACCUCCCUUCAUGCCGCCGCCUUUUGCUGGCGGCAAUAUGGGUGAAUUCUGGCCUCAAAUGCCAGUGAACACUGAACACCACCCCUACCCAUAUUCCCAGUUUGAGAAUGGACCUCCCUUCAAGAGGCCGAGGAAUUCUGUAAACAACAACCCAUCAAAUUGUGCACCUUACCCACCCAUGAAUCCAAGAAUGAACCCACCAAAUCCUCCAGUGAAUGUAGGAACAACCCAUAUCUUUUACAAGACCCGGAUGUGCUUGAAAUUCAGUGAGGGGAACUGCCGUAAUGGGGAGACUUGUACCUUUGCUCACGGUGUUGAAGAAUUGCGUCAACCCCCUUCCAAUUGGCAAGAACUCGUCUCCGGAAAGGAUAGAGGGUUGGGGAAUUGGAAUGAUGAUCAGAGAAUUAUACAUAGGAUGAAAAUUUGCAAGAAGUUUUAUAAUGGAGAAGAGUGUCCAUAUGGGGAUAAGUGCAAUUUUCUUCAUGAAAAUCCCUCGAAGUUUAAGACUGAUAUGGGGAAGACUCAAGAAAGUUCUGCAAUAACGAUUGGGACUACGGGACCUAUGAUGGGCCAGAGCAGUGGGUCUGAUCAACCUGAUAUUAAUAUGCUUGUGAGUCCCAAUUCUGAUCCUUUCCGAAUUAAUACGAAGCAAAAGCCUGCGUAUUGGAAGACAAAGAUAUGUAGUAAAUGGGAGGCCACGGGCCAUUGUCCCUUCAUGGAGAGAUGUCAUUUUGCUCAUGGGGAAUCAGAAUUACAGGUGCUCGGUAGCCGCGUCGAAGCUGAAGUAAUGAAUUCAUGGUCUGUUCCAAUGAAACCUCUUUCUGCUCCUGCAAAUGAUGCACCUCCUACUAUGACUGUGGUCAGUGUGCCAACAAAAGAAGAAGGGGAGGAUAAGAAGUGCUCGGUAAAGUGGAAAGGACACAAGAAGAUCAGUGAUAUCUAUGGUGAUUGGAUUGACAACCUAACGCCACCGCACAGCCUUCCAAGCACAGUGGAGAGCUGAAUCCAUUUUUGAGUUGCAAGCUUUUCUGAAAAUUGGACCCCCAGAGUUUCUGUCACCAUUAUUCCAACUGAGUUACAAAUUGUUUCAUUAUUUUUGCUCCGAGAAGAAAUUUUCACCCUCCAUUUUUUUAGUUCAUCCCAAAAGGGAUGCAACAAUAAUAGAAUGUUCAUGCUUUUUCUUUGA